UGCUAUGCAAAACAAUAUUUUAAACCGAUGACGUUUAAACAGAUAAAGCGCAGUUAUUGCUGUUUCGUAUGUUGUAGCAUAUAUUUAAGAGCUUUACUCUUUUGUAAAUAGAUUUCGUAUUAUGUUAAAGUGUUGGCAUUUUUGGGGGGGAAUUAAUGACUGGAGGGACUAAAAUACUUAACGGACGUGUAGUUUUUAAGAACUACAGACGCCAUGGCGGAGGCGCUGAUCACUGGAGCUGUUCAUAUAAACACACCCGCUGAUUCCGUGAGCGGUGCGAUGGCGUAUUUACAGCAUAAGAAGUCAGACUUUGAUGUGGUUCCUCCACUAAAUUUGGGUGAUCUGGACAUCACCACGGAUGAGUUCAUUCUGGAUGAGGUUGACAUUCACAUUCAAGCUAAUCUGGAGGAUGAUCUGGUGAAAGAGGCGCUCAAGACGGGUGUGGAUUUGCGGCAAUACUCCAAGCAGGUGGAAACAGAGCUGCAGCGAAUUGAACAAGCAUCAAUCAAAGACUAUAUCAAAGAGAGUCAGAAUAUUGCCUCUUUACACAACCAGAUUACAGCCUGUGACUCAAUACUAGAGCGUAUGGAGGGCAUGUUGAGCAGUUUUCAGAGCGACCUGUCAUCCAUCAGCAGUGAGAUUCAGACACUGCAGCAGCAGUCAGUCAGUAUGAACAUGAGGCUGAAGAACCGUCAGGCUGUCCGUAGUCAGCUCAGCCAGCUGGUUGACGAACUGGUCGUUCCCAGCACCAUGAUUUCUGUGAUUCUGGACAGUCCUGUAACAGAGCAGGAGUUUUUGGAGCAACUUCACGAGCUCAAUAACAAGAUCAACUUUGCUAAAGAGCUCAGCUUCAGAGAGACCCUCGCCUGCUCUGAUAUACAGGACAUCGUAGAUCGCCUCAAAAUUAAAGCUGUCUCAAAGAUCCGUGAGUUCAUCCUACAGAAGAUCUACUCAUUCAGAAAGCCCAUGACCAACUACCAGAUCCCUCAGAACACACUACUCAAGUACAGAUUUUUCUAUCAGUUCCUGUUAGCCAAUGAGAGGACAGUUGCAAAGGAGAUCCGGGACGAGUAUGUGGACACCAUGAGCAAAAUCUACUUCAGUUACUUCAAGUCAUACAGCGGCAGACUGCUGAAAGUCCAGUAUGAAGACGUUGCAGACAAGGAUGAUCUGAUGGGAGUAGAGGACACAGCCAAAAAAGGUUUUUUCUCCAAGCCUUCUCUCAAGAGUAGGAACACUAUUUUUACUCUUGGCCAGAGGGGAGAAGUACUGAGCCCUGCAGAGCUGGAGGGGCCCAUACUGAUCCCACACGCCGCUCAAAGAGGAGACUCCAGAUACCCGUAUGAAACUCUCUUCCGCAGUCAGCACUAUGCUUUGUUGGAUAAUGGCUGUCGAGAGUUCCUCUUCUUGUCUGACUUCUUCAUGGUGGCGGGAAAUUCUGCGUUGGAUUUGUUCAACAGCAUUAUGGGAAAAACGCUCAGCAUGUUUCUGAAGAAUCUAUCAACAUACUUGUCAGACUGCUAUGACAGUAUUGCCGUGUUUCUCUGCAUUCACAUCAUUCUGCGCUUCAGAGCCAUCACGGCCAAGAGGAACAUCCCUGCGCUUGACAAGUACUGGGAGGCUGUGCUAGAAUUGUUGUGGCCGAGAUUUGAGCUCAUUUUGGAGAUGAACAUCCAGAGCAUUCGAAACACUGACCCUCAGAAACUAGGUGUACUGGACACCAGACCACACUAUAUCACACGCCGGUAUGCUGAAUUCUCCUCUGCUAUUGUCAGCAUAAAUCAAACCUUUCCCAACGAGAGGACCAACACACUACUCGGACAGCUGCAGAUUGAGGUGGAGAAUUUUGUGCUGAAAAUGGCAGCUGAGUUUCCUUCUAGACGAGACCAGCUCAUCUUCCUCAUCAACAACUAUGACAUGAUGCUUGGUGUGCUCAUGGAGAGAGCAGCUGAUGACAGUAAAGAGGUUGAGGGCUUUCAGCAGCUCCUACUGGCAAGAACACAGGAGUUUAUAGAGGAGAUUCUUUCAUCUCCGUUUGGAGGGAUGAUUGCAUUUGUGAAGGAGAGUGAGGCACUAAUAGAGAAAGGGCAACUUGAAAAACUCAAAAAUGAUGAAGCUCGUAUCACUCAGUUGGUGAGGGGUUUCUCCAGCACAUGGAAGCAGUCUGUGGAGGCCCUGAGUCAGGAUGUGAUGCGUUCAUUCACCAACUUUAAAAAUGGAACCAGCAUAAUUCAGGGAGCAUUGACCCAGCUCAUCCAGUACUAUCAUGGUUUCCAUAAGGUCCUCUCCCAGCCAACAUUCCGCAGUCUGGCAGUGCGCUCUGAGCUCAUAAACCUCCAUCAUCUGAUGGUGGAAGUCAAGAAACACAAACCAAACUUUUGAACUCACACAUAAGUCAUCAGCACUUAUUGGCCACAAGACUGUCAGGAAUCAUUUGCUUUAGUUGCAAAAAAAACAUUCUUUGGGAGUACCUACGAACAUACACAUUCAUAAAACAAGAUAUAUUUUCCUGAUAAGCAAACUGUGUUAAAAUGAAGACUAGAAAAUCUGAAUUGGAUGAUGAUUUGUCUUCUGUCACUGGCAGAAGUUUUUAACUUGUUAACUUGUUUAAGCAAAACAAUAAUGCAAACUUUUUUCCUAAACAGGUAAAUAUAUCUUGUCCUAAAGAUUUUCUGGAAAACACGGCAGAGAUAUUAAAAGUAUGAUAUUUUGCAGUUUACAGCUAAAGCUAGAACAUGAGUUUUAAAGGCUGAUUUUCAGUAGAUUGUGAUAAUAUAAACAAUCAUCUAGUAUAUUGAGCACUAAUCUAAUUAUUUGGUCAGUCUGUUGUUUUAAAGUUUGCUGAUAAUUUGAUUUGUUUUUGUGUUCACUAUUUAAAUGCAUUAUUGGCCUGACAACAGAUAUAAAAAUGUCUUUUGGUUUUCUCUGAAAAGUUCUUUAUGUAUUAUUAUCAUAUUGCCAAACAAAGGCAUUCAAUGUCUCAAAAUAAAAGAUAUUAGAUCAAAAGUCUCUGAAAAUGUUCCCAUCAUCUUGUCAAUCUGUUAAAAUGAAGAAAGAAAAAAAAACAAAAAAAAAAAAAACAAGGCUACACAAGACAAAGGGAACAUUUUGUUGUGGGUAUUUAAAACCAUAAUCAUGACUAAAUGUAGUUAGCUUGACUACAUUGGACUUUAAAGUAUUUUAUAUUAUUAUUUUAAAAUGUUUCCUGGGGUGCACUUAUAAUGUUAGUAUGAUUCUUACAUCAAAAAUUGUCAUAAUUUAACUGUGAGACUUCAGUGUAAACGCCCACUGCUGUGAUUGGCUAACAUAUUUGCAUAUGGAAAUAGCUAAGUAUUACAUGUGGAAUUCUCUCAAACGUUUAGCAUGUUUUUACUGUUACGGUUCCCAAGGCUUACUAAUUGUGAAAAGUGUUGAUUAUAGCAUUUUAUUUAGAUUGUGGCAAGAAAGGUUGCAGUGAUGAGCUUGUAGCUGAUUACAUACAGUACAUGUUGAGUGCAUGAAUUCAGUAAUCUUGUCAUUGUAACUCAAUUUCUGCACACUAACAAAUGCUUUCAUCAUAACUAACAGUGCAAACACAAUGUAAAUAAGAGAUUUUUUGAUUCUAAUGGGAGUUUUGGCGAGAGUCCAGAACACUCGUGCUGUUUGAUUGACAGUUCCAGGGAUUUUAAAGGGAGUGUUCUUUGAUCGCUUUCUAUGUAUAAUUUAAUCACAGUUUAAUAACAUAUUAUUUUCAUCCUACUAAGAGAAACAAUGUGAAGUUGACCGUUUAGUCACUGGUUUGAUUUGCUGACAAUAAACAAUUUUGAGACAAAAACAUCUGA